AUGAAAUUACUAUUCACAUUAAUUCUUUUAGUAUUUGUUGUUGCUGUUAAAUCAUCAUCAUCGUCAUCAUCAAACCCAUAUUUUGUUUAUACACAAUUUUAUCAACCAAGUGACCUUACCUGUUCAGGUGAAGUUUUUAGCUCCUCAUACGACCUAAGUGGUUUUUGUCACACUAUAACAAGAAAUGAAAUGGUUUGCUCAGAAGAUGGCCAACAUAUUAGAUCACAAUCUUACUCCAACUAUGAUUGUUCAGGAAUUCCAAUCUCAAACACUACCUUACCAGCCAAUAAAUGUAAUUAUGGUAUGAUCCAAUCAUGUGUACACGAAAAUGAAAUAAAUAUUCCAACUUCAAAUACACUCUCAUCAAUUUUUUCAAACAAUUGUGAUUGGAAUCAACCAAGUUCCCUUCUUUCUAUUAAUAUUCAAAAUAUGCAAACUUGUGUUACUUUUAACCAAGAUUACUCCUAUAUAUUAACUUGUAACCAAACCAACUUUGUCGAAAACUAUUAUCAAGAAUCAAGUUGCUCUGGUAAUAAUGUAAAAACCAUUAUUGAAGAAUUUCCUUCAGGUUGUCAAGAUAGCCUUGGUUUAAGUUUAAAUUAUAUUUGUAAUUAA